GUAUAGAAUUCAAAAAUUUUCAAAAUGCACGCUGGAUCGACUCGAUCGAAGAAUCUUUGUCCAAGAGAAACUGAAAAAUCCAUCAAAUCAAAAAAAUCGUGGCCUAAUUGGUUUUUGGUUUCAGUUACAUUGUAUGUCACGAAUUAGAUUUUCAUUUUUUCUAUUGGUUGGUCUAUAUCCCUUUGUAUGGUAUUCUGCUGGCACUGUUCGAUCUAACUGUAACGAUUAAUCACAGUAGUAGAAUCAAACUUAAAUAAUCAACGACGGAUAUGACGGCAGAAAUUAAUAAAAUUGUAGGAUUUCCCGGGAAAAACAGUUUCAAAUAAUACACGGGCGUAGCCUCAAUUUUCGUGCAACAAAGUGGCGAUUUAAACGAUGAGCAAUCCCAUACUCUGGCGAUGAGAAGCUCUUAUUCAGGGGGGGGAGAGAGGGUUAUGUUAGGGAUGUAGAUAAUUUUCCUUCCCAUUCAUCAACGAUCAAACAUUAAUCUUGAUUGAAAUUCAUCGAUGAAUGUGAUGAAAAAGUUCUCCGAUUCAUUUGAAAAAUGAUCACCAAUAUCAUAUGACGAAUCUGUAAAUUCAGGACAAUCAAAUCAGGAGAUUGUGAAAGUUUCGAGGUUAUACUAUUCACUCAACGAACGUACCGAUGACAGACACAAAUGCCAGUGGGAACAGCCUAUUUACUGCCGCUAGACAAUUGGCAGAGAGUGAAAUACAUCUGAUCCAGGUGAUAGAAGGGACCAGAAGAAGUAACAGAAAAGUUGCAAAAAGUAACAUGACCACAACAGUGAAAAAUGUUGGCGGUAAAAAAUCAGCCAAAUCGAUGAGUGCCAGGCCUUCGGCGGCGUUGGCGGCAGCAAAGCGAGAGGCAGCAGAGCGAAAGCUUGUCCACCCGAAAAAAUCUGGAAAUACUAUCCUCAGAGACAUUUACCAGAAGGCCAUGGACGCCCAGACAAUAACGCGUGGCGAAACAGGUCUUGUUUGGGAUCGGUCGAUGGAAGAACACCGUUGUCUUUGGGAUUCGGCAUAUCCGGAAUGCCCUGAGAGGUUCACAAGGAUUCUGGAAAGAUGCAAAGACUUGGGCUUGAUCAGUCGCUGCAGGGUUAUAGAAGCGCGUGAAGCCACUCACAAAGAAAUAUUACUCAAACACACACAGCAGCAUAUUGAUGUGCUGAAAGAAACUGCAGAAUGCAAAGACGAGGACAAUCUUGAAAAGUUGGCUUCAAAAUAUGACUCUAUUUACAUUCAUCCUUCGACUUAUAGAUUAUCGCUGCUGGCUACUGGUUCAACGAUAAUUUUGCUGGAAAGCAUAUGUAAAAAAAAAGUACAAAACGGGAUGGCUAUAAUCAGGCCGCCAGGUCAUCAUGCAAUGAAGGCUGAGUAUUGUGGCUACUGUUACUUCAACAACGUAGCUAUUGCUGCACAGAAAAUGCUCAAUGAUAAUUUGGCAAGCAGAAUAUUAAUCGUUGACUGGGACGUUCAUCACGGACAAGCGACCCAACAAAUGUUUUACAAUGAUCCGAGAGUUGUUUACUUCUCCAUCCAUCGAUACGAAAAUGCCGAGUUUUGGCCGAAUCUUAGGGAAUCAAAUUACGAUUACGUUGGAGAGAAAAAAGGGGAAGGUUACAAUUUCAACGUUCCCCUCAACAAAACUGGAAUGACAAAUGCUGACUAUAUCGCCAUAUUUCAACAGCUCCUUCUUCCAAUGGCCUAUGAGUUUCAACCGGACCUUGUUAUUGUCUCAGCUGGUUACGACGCAGCUCUUGGCUGCCUUGAGUUUUGUCCUGACAUUGUCAUUGUGUCUGCCGGAUUCGAUUCAGCAAUUGGCGAUGAGAAGGGUGAAAUGAACGUGACGCCAGCUUGUUACGCGCAUCUUUUACAUCCAUUGAUGGGGUUAGCUGGUGGUAAAGUUGCGGUUGUAUUGGAGGGUGGGUAUUGCCUAAAAUCUCUAGCAGAAGGAGCUGCGUUAACUUUAAGAACAUUACUGGGAGAUCCUUGCCCAAUGUUGCAUGUGCUAGAAAAACCGUCUCGCAGCAUACAGGAAUCUAUUCUGAAUGUCAUAUAUGCCCACAAAAGUUAUUGGAGUUGUUACCAAUAUCAAGACACGCACAGCUUAAAUGUUCCAGCAAAUAGUAUAGAGGAAAAGAACAACAGACACCUGCCCAACAUUAUUUUUAAAAAUCGGGAGCCUAAACCAGAGAUUUACGACACGCGAAAUUGUUAUCCAGUUCCGAGUGCAGAGUUAGCUGCCGAGUUCGACACCAAGUUAAAUUUAUUGAUCGAAUUUACAAAUUUAAGCAAAGCGCCUAACAAAGUUUGCAUUGUUUAUGACGACAGAAUGCUCUGUCAUACAAAUAUUGUGGAUAAUACCCACCCAGAAAGGCCCGAGAGAAUAUCAGGAAUUUUUUCCAAACACGAAGAAUAUGGAUUUCUCAAACGAUGCCAUUUGCUCCAAGGAAGAAUGGCGACGGAGGAAGAAUUGUCACUGGCUCAUUCGAAGACGUAUAUUGAGAUGAUAAAAAAAACCUCAUCAACAAAGCUGAAAGAUCUAUCUAAGCAGGCGUCUGAAUUAAAGUCAGUCUACCUUCACACCGAGACGUGGAAGAGCGCUUCUGUCUCUGCCGGAUGUUUGCUUCAAGUUGUGGAUAGCGUCUUGACCGGGGAGAGCCAGUCGGGCUUGGCAAUCGUGAGGCCGCCGGGGCAUCAUGCAGAACGAGAUACGGCCUGUGGAUUCUGCAUAUUUAACAACGUGGCUGUCGCUGCCAGAUAUGCUAUAAAAAAUUAUAACUUGAAGAGGGUGUUGAUAGUCGAUUGGGACGUUCACCAUGGCAAUGGAACCCAGAGUAUUUUGGAAACAGAUCCUCAGAUUCUGUAUGCAUCGAUUCAUCGUUACGACAACGCUGGUUUCUUCCCGAAUUCGAAGCGGGCGAAUUAUACAGUGACUGGAACUGGUCCGGGAGAAGGAUAUAAUGUGAAUAUACCUUGGAACAAAAAAGGGAUGGGAGACCCAGAGUACAUAGCGAGCUUCCAACAAGUCAUCAUGCCGAUUGCAUACCAAUUCAAUCCUGAACUAAUUCUGGUUUCCGCAGGUUUCGAUGCCUGCAUUGGGGAUCCUUUGGGAGGAUGCAAUGUUUCACCGGAAGUGUACGGUCAUCUCACUCACUCACUGAGUUCUUUGGCAAACGGUCGGGUUAUUCUAUCACUCGAAGGUGGCUACAACGUCAGUUCGGUUUCGUACGCAUCAUUAAUGUGCACGAAAGCCCUGCUUGGAGAUCCAUUGGUGAUGAUUGAUCUCCAACAACCGCCGUGUUCAAGUGCCAUAAACUCAAUCAACAAUGUGUUACGAACGCACAAGCAAUACUGGCCGAAUUUAAUGUUCCAAAAGUCUUUGCCAAAAGAAAAUGUCCUCCCGAAACUCAAAACUACCACGUCUCGCAAUAAAUCAGAGAAACGUCGUGGUGCUUCCAGAAAAACGUCCGAGUCUAAGAUCGUGUUUGAAGAUAUCGAGUCGGAAAAAUUGGAGAUCUCUUUGCCAAUUGAUAAAUUCAGCCUGAACAUAGUCACGGAUGAGGAAAUAAACAAGCUACAGAAUGAGAUUGAAAAUUUAAAGAUAAAAAAUGUCGAAAGCGAUUCUCUCGAUUUUGACAGUUCAGGAGGGCAUGAAAUUCAUACAGGAAUCCCGAAAAAAUAUGAGGAAAUAAAUGAAGCAAAUUACGGUAAAACCUGUGUCAAUCCUAAUCAAAAUCAAGGAUCUGAUAGACGAAAUGACGAAGGUGAUCAAAGUGGAAGCAGAGGAGGAAAUAAUCCUAAUGAUUUGAGCGGUGCUGCUGGCGCAGCAGGAGCAGGUAGCCUGAUGCAGUAUCUUUCGGAAAACAUGCAGGCACUGGUAGAUGGUGAAAUGUUUGCUAUCGUUCCGCUACGCGAUUGUCCUCACUUACCCACUGUCGAAGAAGUGCCAGCGGACGGGAUCGACGUUCGAGCUCCUUGCCAAGAGUGCAAUAGCACUGCAGAAAACUGGAUUUGCCUGCAGUGUUACACGGUACAUUGUGCAAGAAGUAUCAAUGAGCAUGCGGUUACUCAUGGCGAAGAGACGCAGCAUCCGAUGACGCUUAGCUUCAGCGAUUUGUCUGUCUGGUGUUAUGGUUGUGAAGCGUACAUUGACAACCCUCGACUUUACGCAGCGAGAAACGCGGCCCAUCGAAGUAAAUUUAAUCAGGACUUACCUUGGACUUACAACAAUUUGGAAAUUGCUUAAUCAUUUUUCUAGGCAGCCGCCGCAACAACAUUAAUCGAAGGUCACAAUAUCGCGUCAUAAACACAACAUUUAGUAUCUUAACACCUCAUUAAUGAUCAUUAACUAAAACCUGUUCCAUGUCUUUACAACUCGGCGGAUAUUAUUCUGGUUGGAUUUUAAACGAUGUAACUAGAGUUGGUGAUUGAAAGAAACCUUAUAACCAAACUCGUGUUAAUCAAAUUAUUAUUACGUGAAAAAAAAAGUAAAAACAGCAUAUUUUGCCUUUCUUGUUAAAUCGAAAUAAAAAACCGAAAUUACACUCUCACUAGACGCUGUGCGGAGGCCAUUAGUUCAGAGUGUUUAACAGCUUUACGAUGGUAUAUUUGUCAAGUACAACGGAUGUAUUAUAAAUUAAAAUAAUCGUAUUGUUACGAGUAUAAGACGUUCCCCAAUUCUGCGACAGUAUUUUGGGAUGUUUUUUCGAGUUACCCGCGCAUCAGACGGGUCCGUGUAUGAGACUAGGGCUAUUUUGACAGGUGCUGUCAACGAUAAAACUUCGGCUUAUAUUCAGAACAACAUGAUACUAAGUGAAGUUAAUAGUAAUAAUAACAAUAACAAUAAUGUCAUCUGUAUUAAAGAGAAUAAUUAUUAUAACAGUUCAAAAAGAUUUUUAAAUUUUCCAUUUU